AUGUCAGGGGAGUCUUCCCGCCUAAGAAGAUCUAGUCGGCAUAGUGGCGCGACAUCCGCCCAACAACCAACACAAAACUCGCAAAGACGAACGCCGAAGAGGACAGCCAGGGCUUUCAUAGUGGACGAUGACGACUCUGAUGAAGAGGGUGACGACGUGGUGGUGGUGGACAGCGAGGACGGAGACGGAGAUGGCGCGUGGAGUCCGGGGCAUACUGGUGCGGAUGCACCGAGGCGGACGAGUAGCAAGGGUAUUGGUGGGGACACCAAGCGAAAGAGAAAUUCGGUGGUUGAUGAAGAAGAUGAGGAGGAGGCAGAGCCGGUGAAACGGAGGCGGGCAGAUGGGGGUUCAGCUUCUCGCAGGACAUCAAAGACUGGGCCGUCCCAAACAACGAUAUCACGAAAUGUCGACUACAUCGACGACGACGCCAACUCAGAUGACGAACUCGACAAUCUCAAACUCGGCCAAUUCCAGCGCUCCAUCGGCACCCUCUUCGCCGUAGCCGACCUCUCCCGCUUCCCUCUAAAACCCGACCACGCCGCGCGGCCGCUCUGGGUCUUCGGCGACGGUCGCAUCAUCCUCGAAGCCUUCUCCCCCAUCGCCGAGCAAGCGCAGGACUUCCUCAUCGCGGUGUCUGAACCCAUCUCGCGGCCGUACCGUGUGCAUGAGUACAAACUCACCGAGUACUCCCUGUAUGCCGCCGUAUCGGUCGGGUUGGACACCGAGGGGAUAAUUGAGGUUUUGAACCGGUUGAGCAAAUGCCCCCUGCCGCCGUCGUUGGAGGAUUUUAUUAGGACGAAUACGGCUUCUUGUGGGAAGAUCAAGUUGGUGUUGAAGCGGAAUAGGUAUUGGAUUGAGAGUGCGGAUGAGGGCGUUUUGAGGACGUUGUUGAGGGAUGAGAAAAUUAGGGCGUGUCGUGUGGCGGCUGAUGGAGUUGAGGCGGAGACGGAGGAUGAUGUGCUGUUUACGGAACGGGCGCCGGAUGCGGCUGGGCUGACCAUUGCUGGGUUUGCGGCGCCAAAUGGCGCUUCCUCCGAGGAUCAAACAGAGCGCAGGAGUUCCGCCGUGGACAGUGGCCGACUCGCCGACCCUGCCAGCGCUUCAGAUAACCAGUUCGCAUCAGUAAUCACCAUCGACAACGAGGACGCGGACGAGGACACCGAGCAGCAAGAGCAGCUCGUCCGAUCCUUCGAGAUCGCGAAAACCUCAGUCGACUCGGUCCGCAAGCGCUGCAGCGAGCUCUCCUACCCGACCCUCGAAGAAUACGAUUUCCGUCAAGACGUGGCAAACCCCAACCUCGACAUCGACCUCAAACCCGCCACUGCCCUGCGCCCCUACCAAGAAAAAUCCCUCAGCAAGAUGUUCGGCAACGGCCGCGCCCGCAGCGGGAUCAUCGUCCUCCCCUGCGGCGCCGGCAAGACCCUCGUUGGCGUCACAGCCGCGUGCACAAUCAAGAAAUCUUGUCUGGUCCUCUGCACAUCCUCCGUCUCCGUCGAGCAAUGGGCCAAAGAAUUCCGCACCUGGUCAACAGUCAAAGAAGGCCAAGUCGCCAAAUUCACCCAACAAGAAAAAGAAAAAUUCGUCGGCGACGCCGGAAUCAUGAUCUCCACGUACACCAUGGUCGCCUUCACAGGCAAACGCGCCUACGACGCCCAACAGAUGAUGAACUUUAUCCAAUCCCGCGAAUGGGGAUUCCUCCUCCUCGACGAAGUCCACGUCGUCCCCGCAGACAUGUUCCGCAAAGUCCUCACCAUCAUCGCCGCCCACGCCAAACUCGGCCUGACCGCAACCCUCGUCCGCGAAGACGACAAGAUCACCAAUCUCAACUACCUCAUCGGCCCCAAACUGUUCGAAGCCAACUGGAUGGACCUCGCCCGCAAGGGCCAUAUCGCCAACGUCCAGUGCGCCGAGGUCUGGUGUCCCAUGACAACCGAGUUCUACCGCGAGUACCUCCGCGAACCGUCCUCACGUAAACGCCAGCUGCUCUUCGUCAUGAACCCGCGUAAAUUGCAAGCCUGCCAAUUCCUCAUCGACUUCCACGAAGCCCGCGGCGACAAAGUCAUUGUCUUCUCCGAUAACGUCUUUGCACUCAAACACUACGCGACCCGCUUAAGCAAACCCUACAUCUACGGCGGCACCUCCCCCGCGGAACGCAUGCGCAUCCUCAACCAGUUCCAAUACAACCCCGCCAUCAACACCGUCUUCCUCUCCAAAGUCGGCGACACAUCCAUCGACCUCCCCGAAGCGACCGUGCUCAUCCAGAUAUCCUCCCACUACGGAUCCCGUCGCCAGGAAGCGCAACGACUCGGCCGGAUCCUCCGCGCCAAGAAACGGAGCGAGGAAGGCUUCAAUGCGUACUUUUACUCACUGGUGUCGAGGGAUACACUUGAGGUGUAUUAUGCCGCCAAACGGCAGCAGUUUUUGAUUGAUCAGGGGUAUCAUUUCAAGAUCAUUACGAGAUUGGAGGGGAUUGAGGGUUUACCGGAUCUGGUGUAUGCGACGCAGCAGAAACAGAUCGAGUUGCUGAAUACCGUGCUUGUAUCUAACGCCGAGGACGACGACACCGACGAUGACGGUAGUAGCGGUGACGAGCGAGGAACACGAAGAGGGAGGGGGGGUCCAGCGGCACCGCAACAACACCAACCUACAUCGCGAUCGUUCUUUGACACGGGGGUCUCGGUGCGCCGGACGGGGACGCUGCAGAGUAUUUCGGGCGGGGAUUCGAUGGCGUAUAUUGAGUUUAGUCGUGGGGGGAUUGGCGGGGUGAGGAAGAGGAAGGGGUUCUUCGCGAGGGGUGGCGGAGGGAGUGGUGGGGGCGGGAGUGGGGCGUAG